UUCAAUAUUCAUCCAGAUGCAGUCCAAGAUGGAUACGGAAACGGGCGAGAUGAUAGUCAAAAGAGUCAGUGUUCCGAUAGGACUAGAGGAGCUCAUGGAAGGGUUAGUAAAAGAAGUUCUCCUAAAGAAACCUGAUGACAUCUAUCUUUUCGCAGCCCGAUAUUUUGCUCACCUACUUAGCAAUAGGGAUAAAAGUCAGAUUCCACAUUGCAAAGCGAAAACUUUAAGAAGUGUCCAAACUCUAAAGGAUAAACCCGAGCCAGUGAAGUCCUUCAGAACCUCGAAAUUAUCCAAGCAAUUAAGCAUCAGAGAGGAUCCUUUAGAAUCGCCCAUCGUUUCCCAAAAACCGAAAAUGUAUCACAGAAACGAGCUGAAAUACAAAAGGAGACACACUGGACCACCAACAAAUUUAGACAACAACCAAAAAGUCGACAUUCGAAGAAAAUAUGCAAGAAGUGUAUCUACUGAGAAACAGAGACCUCUACUUCCUUUAGUAGAGUCAAACAAUAAUAAAAAUAAUAUUAAAACAAGCAAAGAUUUAUCUAGACGAGGUAAUAAUAAUAUAACUGAAAAGCUCAUGAAAACUAGUGCAGUUAAUGAAAAAGAAGACGAAAACAUUAAUAACAACAACAAUAGUGAGACUAUAAAAGAUACAGAAGAUAAGUCUAGUUUAAAAAUUACCGAGGAAGAUACAUACGCAUCAGAAAUAAAUUCAGAAAGAAGUGAAAAAAGCAUAUCAGAUAAUACAGAAAUUACCGAAAGCAUUAUUAAAGAAGAUCAGAAAGAUGAAGACAAGUCUGCAGAAAGCAAUCUGAUUUUCUCAGAAAGUGAUGAAAAGCCAAAAGAUACAAACGAGAAAAUAUUUAAAAUAGAAGAAGACACUCAAAAAGAUUUUGAUACAAAAAUUAAUAGUCCAACUAAGCAGGUAGAAAGAUUGGAAGUACUUGAGAAGGAGUGCAUAACUACACAUACUGAGAGUAAAAAUACAAGUGAAAUAGAAGAAGAUACACAAAGAGCUUUUGUUACAAAAAUUGAUAGUCCAACUAAGCAGGAGGAAAAAUCGGAGGUAAAUGAAAAUGAGGGCCUCGUUACACAUAUUGAGAGCAAGAAUACAACAAAUGAAAUAAAUAAUUCUUCCAGUACUACCGAUCAGCCAACUUUUACCAUAGAAAAAGAAUAUAUCCAAAAUGAAAAUGAAAUGCAGGAAAAGCUGACGUCUUCUAGAACUAUCAAUGAUGAGGAAAUCAGCAAAAUUCUAAUCUCUAGCAUUUCAACAACUUCAGCAACUGACUUAAAAGAAUCAAAUAAAAUUAAAAGCGAAAAUGAAAAUGUCACAUACCUAAAACAAAAUGUAAUUAUGGAAGGAAGUUUAAAUGCAGAGACUAAGGAAGGCAUAUCUAAUAUUGACAAAAAAGAAGCUGCUAAAGAAAAGAUACUACUAGAGAGUAAAAUUAAUGAUGAUAAAGAAGAUAACCCAGAUGGUAUAAGUGAUGAUAGCUUAGAAUUAAAUCAAGAAUACGAUGACGAUGUUUUCAUUACCGAAGAAGUUGUAGAGGAAACGAACGUAAAAGAUUUGGAUAACAGUAUUGAAGGAAAUAUAGGAGAAUUAAAAACAACUGAAAUAGAAGAAAACAUUGAAAAUCCAGAUUUUCGUAAAGAAGUAGUAGAAGAUACAAUGAAUACUAAUCAAGUUAUUUUGGAUGAAAAAGAAAUAAAUAAAAACGAGCAGACAUCUCUUCAAAUCAGGGACACUGAUAAAAAUGAUGCCAUAAGAAUAACUGAAAUAGAAAUUAAUAAAGAAACUACUACGGACCAAAAUAAUAAGAUUUCAGUUGACAAUGAAACUGAAGGUCAAACUAAAGAAAAAAACAAGAACGAAAUAAAAUUUAGCAGCAUUGAACAAAAAGGAGAUUUAGAGACGGAAAAAUCUUACAAUCUUGAAAAUGAGGAAAAAAUGGAAAGUACAAAUGUUGACAAAAAUCAAGAAAUGAACAAAAAUGAAAAAAGUGAAAAUAAAUGCAAUGAAGACCAAAAUUUAGAGAAUCAACCAGAAAAAGAUAUUAUUAAAAUUCUUACAGUUACUGAAAAAGAUAAUGGUAAUAAAAUAGAGGAAGAUAUAGUGAAAGUAAGCACCCAGCAGUUAUCGUCUUCAACAGAAGUAGAAAAUAAAAAUACAGGCGACAUCUUAGACAUAAAUACUGAAAAUUCAGACAAUAUACACGAAGUUAGUAAAAACAGUGAUACUAAAGUCGAAAAUGAAAUUAAAUAUACUGAAAGCGAAAUCAUAGAAAAUAACUCUGCAGAGGAUAAAACCUAUAUUAUUGAAGAAAGUAAAACAACCGAAGAAAUUGAUGAAAACGACAAACUAAAAGAAGAACAUGUAAAAGAAAUGCUUGAAAAUACCCAAGAAAAAUUGGAAGUCAAAAUACAAACUACAGACGGCACCUUCAAAAUAGAUAGCCCCAUUAUAUCUAGUGAUGCAACUAAGCCACCGGAAGUUGAGGAAAUGAGAUCUGAUUCUAAUGUAACUACUGACAAAACUAUUUCUCCAACUUUAGAAUCUAUACCUGAUGACAACAGUUCUUUGGAAAAAUCUGAUGGCCGCAUAGCUGAAGCAAUCAGUGAAAUCAAUGAAAAUAUAGAGCAAAUUAAUCGUAAAGAACAUAUUAAAGAAAUGAGUGAAACAUCUAUAGACACUAAUGAUUCAAACGAGAAGAUUAUAGAAGAUACCGACAUAAAGCAAGAAGAAGCUGCAACAGAAAAUAGGACUGAAACGAGUACCAUUAAUAAAGACAAAGAAGAUAGUGCAACUUCUAAAAACGACUCUCACAAAAGUAGUGAUACCAGUGAACUUAUUCAAAACACCGACAAUAGUUUAUUUGCAGAAGAACAUAUAGCAAGUGGAGGUAGUUCAUACAGAGAACCUCUCUCCGAAAAUAACAAAGAGCCCAAAGAUGAUAUAGUUGUAAAAGAAACUGAUUUUAAAGUUAAAAAUAUUCCUUCCAGUUCUAACACAGUUAGUACAGAAAGUGUUAAUGCAGUGGAAGAAAUUACAAGUGACAAGGAAAUAAUUGAUGAAAUAAAAGUUGGUAAUGGAGAGAAUAAUGUUAAAGAUAAAGAAGAAACGCAAGUUUCUUGCGUUGAUAAUGUAGAAUGCGUAAUUGAUAAUGUAGAAGCAAAAAUUGAGGCUGCUCAAACAAUUAACAACAAUGAAUCCAAUAAGAAUGAAAUCCUUUCAAAUGAGAACGAGAAAUUACUAAAGGCAGAAAAAAGCCAUGAACAAUGUAAUAAGGAUAUUACAGAAACUAAGUCUGCUGAAGGAACAACUGAAGUAAAGAUAGAUACAGCAACUAUAAAAGAAACUAUAUAUUUAGGAAACGAAGGGUUAUUAAAUAAUGAUAAUGAUUUUACAAAAAACUCUCAAGAUAAUAACUUAAAAUUGGAAAAUAACAAAACAACUAAUCAAAAUAUAAUUGCAGUAAUUGUGAGUGAUGAAAACAAAAGUACAAAUAAUAAAACUGAUAGUAAAGAAAAAGAAAACCUUUCUGAAAUAUCCUUAGAUGUAACAAAAAGCAGCGAAAACUCUAAUAAAGAAGCAAUAGAAACAGAAAUUGAUGUAACUAAUGAUAGAAUCAGUUUCAAUCAAGGCACAAGUACUACUGAAAUUGAAAAACAAAUAGAAGAUACAGCUGAAGAUACACUAUUAAGUACCGUCAACGAAACUGUUCAAAAUUCUACAGAUGGAGACUUACAAAAGGAGAAUAAUAAGAGCAAAAAUCAAGAUAAACCUGAAAUUGAUGGCGGUGAUAAUAACAAAAGAAAGAAAAGAGAAAUUGGCGAAACUGAGACCCAGGAUUUAUUAGAAAAUAGUAGUGUUAAUAUUAACGCAGAACAUAAUAAUCCAAGUAAAAAUGAAAAAUCUGUUACUCAAAAAACUUUAGUAAGUUCAAUGGAAACUGAAAAACUCCAACAUGAUAUAGUGGAAACGACAGAUUCCGAAGUAAAAUCAGAUAUAAAAGAUGAAGCUACCCAAGAACCUUGUGUGGCAAAAGAAAUACAAGAUUCAGAGCCAGACUUGGUAGAUAGAGUAGCUAAAAAUUACGUUACCUAUAUUAUAGAUAAUGACAGAUUAUUAACAGUUGACAAGAACUCAAUAAUAAACGAGGAAGACAUUGAUAAAGUAGAUAUUCAGGAGGAAGUAAAAAAUAUAAUCCAAGAAUCAAAUACCAAUGAAACUAUAGUACAAGACAACGUUGAUAAAGAUGUAUUGAAAGAAAAUGAUAAGAAAGAUGGUAAAUUAGACGAAAACAAAGAAAUUUCCCUAACAGAAAUUAUAACACAAAAAGGUAAUGAGUUAGAAUUACAAGAACAAACCCAGGAAAACAAUGAAUGUGAAACUAAAUCCGAAAAUAUCGUAAUUAAAAAUAAUUUAAUAAAUGAAGCAAUAAAUACAGACAAUUUAAAAAACGUUUCUCAGUUUAACAAAGAAAAGCUACAUGAAGAAAUACAGAACGUACAUGCAGAGAUAAUACAAAGUAUAGAAGAAGAUGCAUCAGAUAAAGGAGAUGUAAAUGACGAUCCUUUAAAAGUUGCAAAGAUUGAAUCAGAACCAAUUGAAGUUGAGGAGGCUAUAACUAAAACAAUAAUCCAUCCAUUACAUAAUGAAAAAAAUCUCACCAAAUCUACUGAAAAAGACGAGAUUAACAAAAACGUUGUGGAUAUUAAAACUGAUAACAACACAGAUACUGACAAGAAGAAUGAUAGUAACAAUAUAAAUUCAAACAGUGAAGAAGCUAAAACUACUAACAGUGAUACUGAAGAAGAUUCUCAUACACAAUUAAUCAACUCAACACUAGAAAUUGCAGAAUCUGGCCUUAUAGCCCAUAAAGUAAAAAAGUUUUUAAAUGAUUUUAUAGACAGGGAACAAAACAAUGUUCAACAUUUAUCCCAACCUUCAAGUGCUAAUGGAAAUUACCAAAAUGAAAAGCCCAAAAUAGCUACCGAGAUUCCGCCAGUAAAUGGAAUAAAACGGACCAUAAGUUUUGACAGUUCAAAGCUUAAAGAAGAGCUUAAGCGAGUAGAAGAAGAAUCAAAGUUAACUAAUUUCAAAAGCAGCUAUAAUCCAUAUUUGUUACGCAAAGAAAUUCAGGAUGCAGCAAAGCUUAAAACAGUUGAAGAUUCAGUCUUAAAUAGUGAUGAAAAUACAAACAAAGAUACUACAUCUCUUGAACAACUUGUACCUGCUGUUAUAACAAUUCAAUCUUCUUGGAAAAGGUUUAAAGAAAGAAAACAAAAACAAAAAACUAAAAUCAUAAAUGAACAAGGUAUACCAACUGAUAUAAUUAAAAUGAAUAAAAAUAAUGAAGCAAGGGAAACAAAUGAUGCAGUCAAAGUUUCCGAAGCGAAUACUAUUGAAAAUAUAAAAGAUAACCUGGAAAAUAAUCCAGAAAAUAAAAAUCAAAAUUGUGAUGAAACUAUCACCGUCAGUGAUCAAGUCAGUGAUGAAAAAUCGAGUACUAACAAUCAGUCUGAAGUUAAAAUUUUUGAAGAAAAUUUAAAACAAGCCAUGGAACAUACCGAUAGCAAUAUAAUACAAAAUAAUUUAAGAGAGAAAAGAAGUAUUACAGAAAAUCUAGAUUUUGGAGCAACUGUUCAAGCUGCAUUAGCUAUCCAACGAAUGUGGCGAGGAUAUAGAGUUAGAAAAACAUUAACCAAGAACAACGAAAAUAAUGAUGAUAAAGUGCAGGAGCCAAAAAAGAAAUCAAUAGAGACCCCCGAUCCUUCAGAAGAGAUACCACAGCCAAUGAGUCAAGAAUCAGAAAACAAAGACAAAACAUCAGAUCAUCCAAGCAGUAAGGAAGUCGUCACCCUUUUUAGUAAAGAUUCGUCUGAUUCGGUACAGACAGUGAUACAUCAAAUUGGAAAUACUCAAUCACCUUUACAACAUUACUAUUCAGGAGACAUGGACCAUUUAUUGGAUGAAAUACUAGAUUACCCAACAGUAAAAGAAGAGCACCUGCUCGAUGAUUAUCAAAGCAAAUUGCUAGAUAAAAUCUCAGGCAAAGAAAACGAAAAUGACGAAGAUAUUAAAACACUCGAAAAAAUCAUAUCGCCCAAACGCAUUGAAGAAAUUAGUCUCGUUGAUUUAAAACCUAAUGUGACUAUUUUGCCUAAACCCGAAAAAAGUGACUCUAGAGAUCGAAAAUUAACCAGAUCUAUUGGAUCAAAGUUGGAAGUAUUAGAAGAGGAAGAGCCAACUAGUGAAGAUGGUGUGCAUAAAGAAGAGGACUCUACAAAUAAAACUCAUAUAAACAUUGAACAAAAGCAUGAUAAUGAAAUAAAACGCAAUGAUGACCUUGAAGGUAAUUCAGAAAAUCAACCAAAACCAUACGAAGAGGAACAUGACGUAAACAAUAAGGCUAACAUAAAAGAUGACGACAAAGGAGCAACUUCGGAAAAUGCAGAUAGUAUCAUUUCUACAAUCAGUACUGAGGGUACCUCACAAAUUAGUAACAAAUAUAAAGCAGAAGAGAACAAGGAUAUGGAUCAAAAUCUCGAUAGCACUUUAACUCAAAAUUCUAUAACAAAUAAUGAAGAUCACCCUAAUGUAAUAAAUGACCUAACAAAAAAAUCAGUAAAUUCAAACGACGAUAAUAACAUAGAUGUAAACGAUAAUAAGGAAAAGCAAAAUAUCGUAAACAAUCAUGAAAAAGAAGCUUCAAUAGAAACUAAUAAAGCUAAGGGUAAUGCAGAAGACAAGAUAGAGAAUCCUAUAGAAAAUAGUGAGUCCGAUAAAGCUAUGCAUAAAGAUACAGAAAAUUUGACAGAACAAGCUGCUAAUUCCAAAGUUAAUGAUAGCAAAGAAAUUAAUAAUGAAACAACAAAAGCUGUGCGCGAUAUUAUGCAGGAAAAUAAAUCUGCUAGUAACAAAGAAAACAAAACAGAUACCAGCGUUAAUCAACAAGAAAGCGUAUAUCCCACAGGGGUUGAAAAAGCAGAGGACGAUGAUAAACAAAAACAUAUUUCACAAGGUAAUGAUAUAAUAUUAUCCGAUAACAAUGGCUCACAACAAAGUGAAACUUAUAUCGAUAAUGCAAGUAAACAAGAAGAUAUUGAAGACAAAAUUACAGAUGAUAGCAAUUCAACAACAGAAACAAAGUUAGGAAAUAGCAAUGAUGAAAAGCUGUACACAUUUUGUUCUGUUCCAACUCCUAUACCAGGUGAUGGAAAACCGUCACAUCCUGAUGUGGAAAUUCUAUCUACUAACGUUAGUCCAGUAACGUUAUCUUCUGAAUCAAAGAAUGAGUCAUCGGUCGAGGAUAACAAAAUCCUUACAAAUAUUAGAAAUCAAGCUCUGGUUAUUCCUCUUCCACUUGAGGUUCAAAAGACACUAAAAGGGAAAGACGCCGAAGGCAAAAAUACAAUAGCUGAAGAUCUACAAAACUCAACCUCCCUGGAAAAUGUGUCUUCAAUAUUGUCCAGCGCUGGAAUGAACCCCGGCGACGUACACGAAACCGUCAUUCUGCCAAUAAAUCAUCAUCAGAGCGUGGAUAUCGGAAAAAGUCAACCCGUAGCUGUUCAGUUGUGCCAGACUUCAGAUGCCGAAAACGUGACGUCGCUCCGUCCACCUUCGACGGCAGACGUCACCGACGCCUCAGACGCCGACGCAGAAGAUAGGAAUGCGCAGAAUCCGGGAAAAGUCGACUUACCAGCGAAGGCGGAAAGUAGCGGCUGCAGCGAUGUCAGUCUAUCGCAGUCAGAGAGUAUGGAAAGUGAAAAACGACGAAAAAUCGACACGUCUGGAAAAAACAUGGAAGCAGAAGCGGCUACAAAGAUCCAAGCUGGGUUUAGGGGGUACCAGGUCAGAAAGCAACUGAAAAAUAAGAACGGUUCUUCUGACAUGAACACAAGACGUCCCUCCCUUAAAUCAAAAACAUCCGGACCGCUAGAUACCAAAAACACCAAAAACCAAUCUCAGAAAUCCGCAAACAUAGAAGAACAAUCUGCAGUCAAAAUCCAAGCUGGUGUAAGAGGAUUUUUAGUAAGACGAAGACAGAAGAAGGACGAUAGCCAGCAUGCAUGAUACGAAGUAUCCUACAUCAACUAAACAUAUUCCCGAAGAAAAAUUAACUUAGGCCAUUUUGGUAGAGACAAUAAACAAAAACGUUGCUCCGCAGUUGAAAAAAACUAUAUUUUUAUUGAUAAAUGUUGUAACUGUUGUAUAUAAGAAAUAGGGUUGCGUCCCUUUUUAGGUAUUUAUGGUAGAAAUAUUUCAUGAACAAGUUCAAUGGUCUGUAAGAAAACAUUUUAGACAAUAAAUGAAGUAGAUUUUGCUCAAUGCAUCAACAAUUUUUCAAAUUUCUCAUAGAAAAGCUAAUAAAUUGAACAAUAAAAUCGAGAUCGAAAACAUGUACAUAAAAUUGAUUAAAAUUACCAUAUUUAUUACAAAAUGACGGAAAGUUAUUGUACGAAUAAUUGAAAAACAUAAAAAUAUAAAAUUUUAAUAUGUUAUAUUUGUAGCAGAUUUCGAUUUAUGUGGAUAAUACUUAGGUACCUACUAUAUCAGUUGUACGUUAGUUAAAAAUUUGUGCAUAAUAUACCUACAGAUAAUGCCAUAGACAGCAAAAAUUAAGGUGAAACAGUAGCGAUCAACAGGUAGCGAAAACGCGUUCCAAGAUUGUGGCUGUAAUUUUGAAUAUUUUUUCGGGAUAUUUGGCACACAUAUUCGUAAUAUAAUAAAGAAUGGCGGUACAGAGCCCAAUUUGAAAAAUAUAUUAAUAUGUGGAAAUUACUCUGUAAUUAAAUACAAUAUUAACAAGCUGAAAUUGCGAGCAUUAUCAUAACGAAAACUUUGUUUAUAUACCUAUUUAAAUUCAUAAUAUAGAAAAUUGCUAUUACGAAAAACUGUUUAGAAUUAAAAAUUAUGUUUUAAUGUGCAAGUACAUCAUUCUAAUUUAAAUGUUGUGAACUAUAAAGAUACUUUACUCGAAAUUCAUAUUUUUUUACAUACCUCGUAUAAAAUUAAUAAAAUUUAAUUCAUGAUGGUUGCAUCAUAAAUCUUAGACCAAGAAGAGAUUUUUAUGAAGAAUAACUUUUCUUCGUCAAAUUAAAAAUACAAGAGUUAUAAAUGAAAAUGAUGUUGGUAUCCAUAAUUUGAGAAAAUUCGUCAAAUAUUUUUUUUUAUUAGAAGGAUGUAAUUUCAUAUAUCAGAACAUACUUUUUUAUUCCAAACAACAUUUUAAAUAACAAUUUUCCAAUAUUGUAAAAUAAAUAAUACAUACAUGAUAAAGAUACUUUUUACUGAUGAACUUUACUUGGAUCUACAGACCUAGCGAGUCUCGUAAAUUGCACGGCUUUGCGCCACGCUUCACGCAACCGUAUUUGCGUACUUGUGUUUUAAGUUGUGUGCGCUGGUCGCUGGUCAAGUGGAGAAUUUACCAAAUUUAAAUAUAAUCGUUUGUACUGAUUCAUUAUUAAUAUACCUAGUAUAAUAUGUAUUAUUGCUUUCAAAAUAUACUCAAAUUGUAUUUUUAUACAUUUAUUACACAUAUUAUUAUAAUAAUUAAAUUCACUAUAAAAUGUCAUUUAUAUUUUAUUAAUAGCUAAAUAAUUUAAAAUUUAGUUUGACAUUAACGAAGUGUCAAACUCAAAUAUAAAUAAUAACAUUUGCUUUGCUUAACAAAUUCAGAUUAAAAAAGUAGCCUACUUCCUAAUCAAAGAUUUCAGCUGACGUUUAGUGCCUGAUAGGAGAUAACCGGAUUGUGACGUCACAUUUUAGAUUUUGAGGUCGAUUAUCUCGAAGACGGUUUGAGAUAUCGAAAUGCCGUUUUCAGAUUUGGAUUCAGAAGACAAAACUACAUAAGAAUCCAUCGAUACAUCUGCUCUAAGUAUUGUAGGAGCGGCGACGCAAUAACACACAGACUUUUGCAAAUUUAUAAACGAAAAGUUUUCGUUGAAAAAAAACGAGCCUGUACCGCCAUUAAUAAGAACAAAAAAAUACACUUUCUUCAAAUAAACUUUUUUAUCCGAUGCCUAGAUUUUGUGCCAUUUUGGAACUACUAAUGAAAUAAAAAAUUUUAUUAGUUCCAAAAUGACAUAAAAUCUAGGCAUCGGAUAAAAAAGUUUAUCUGAAGAAAGUAUAUUUUUUUGUUCUUCUUAAUGGCGGUACAGGCGCGUUUUUUUAAUAUUGUAUUUAAUUACAGAGUAAUUUCCACAGAUUAAUAUAUUUUUCAAAUUGGGCUCUGUACCGCCAUUCUUUAUUAUAUUACGAAUAUGUGUGACAAAUAUCUCGAAAAAUAUUCAAAAUUACAGCCGCAAUCUUGGAACGCGUUUUUGCUACCUGUUGAUCGCUACUGUUUCCUCUUAAUGAUAAAACUUUUCAUUAGUGCCUUCCUUGCAAUCAUCCGUUUUUUAUCAAUAUGUUUUAGUUUAGUUUAACAUAUCUGAAGUUAAUUAUAUCAAAGACAGAGAUCAUGAUAAUGGAUAUAGUACAUAACAGACAUUCACACAUAACCAGGAUUGACCGGUUUGAGGUUGUAAGCUCAUACUUGGAUAUAUCUGGGAUAAUUAUUGAUAAAAAACACAAGGUCACUACAAGAAGAAAUAAAACGUAGAUGGUCAAUCAAAUAAACCGUAGGAAAAAUGGUCAAAAUAUGGAAGAACUCUCAAAUUUCACGAGCUCUAAAAAUUUUGGUUGAUCAACUGCUUAAUAUGAUGACCAAUACUGACAUCAAGAUGUGAAUCUUGGACCCGAAAACAAGUGGAAGUAAGAAAUAUGUCCAAUGAAAUGUUCUGUAGGAGAAGAAUGUUGCGAAUUUCUUGAACCGAUCAUAGGACAAACAGUUCAAUUUUAAAUUAUUUAAAGGACAGCUCUCCAGCAAAGUCUAUAUCUAAUAGUUAAAAUGCUUUGGACAUGUUGUGAGAGUAGACACAGAAAACAUAGAAAGACUUAUUAUCCAAGGAAAAGUAGAAGGCUGAAGAUCACGAAGAAGAUCCCAAUAAGAUGGAUCGACCAAAUUAUGCAAAAGAGACAUAAAUCUUUAAGAAAACUACACUACCUUCGGGAGUUCAGGACUGAAAAGAGAAGUUUUAAAUUAUAUUGUUGGCUUCAGAUUGUAUGUAUAUUCGUUGGUCGUCCUACUUAAUUAAAUAAAUUCCAAAAUCUCUUUCCCAGUGGGAUACAAACCCAGACCUUCCUGCAGUCAAGAAUGAACUGUGCCCACUAAACCAUUGAGGCUUACGCCAAUAUUUUUGACCCACCAGAUGUCGCGACAUGACAUAUUUAAUACUAUUACUUUUUUCAAAUAAGAACUUUAUUGACUUCAUCAGAUGUAUAGAGCACAUUACGUUGAAACUGGGUUGUGUGGUGAAAGGCAAUUAAUGCUAAAUAUACCUAUAAUAUAGAAGAAAAAUAAAAAAAGCUGUCUAUAAGGUAAUUUAACCUGAUAUUUAUAAUAAGCAUGGUUUACAUCUAUUUAUAAUAGGUACUUAUAAGUACUACAUACCUAUACAGUAAGCGCCAUGCUAGUAGACACCUGUGUACCUUAUUUCUAGGCUCGGGCUAAACCGGCCCGUUCUCACCUAUGACUUUCAUGUCUGUCAUGUCAUUUGACUGUCAUGAAGCUAUUCAAAAUAAUUGUUCUUUCAUACAAAAAAUACAUUAAUUAAUAAUAUCUGUUGUUACCCGGAUUAAAAAAAAUGUAUUCAAAUACCAACAAUAUGACAAUACUUUAUAACUUUUACAACUUUAACAGAAUGACAACUAUAAACUUAACUAUAAAUAAAAUACAACUGUUCUAUAAACUGUCAUCUUUCUCUGUUUAUAUUGGUUUAUAUACAUUUUCUGACGUUCUAGACGUCCUAGACCUAAAAGUAAACAGCUCAACAAGUGAAUGGUCCAGGACUGUAUUAGCUCAAGGUACCCGUGUGUCUAGUAGCGCGGCGAUUACUGUAUUAUUUAUUAUGCACUUUAAUCCUUUUUAAUAGCUGAAUAAAUUUAAUUGUUUGGAAAAUAUAUACAUACAUUUGUAAUAAAUUUAUGUUAAAAUAGAAUUGAGAGUAGAUUUGUCAAAAUAUUUUUAAAUGGCCUAAUUCCUUGUAUUUCUGGCGUUUUAAUGGGCGUUAAAAUAUUGGUUUUAUGCGAAAAAGAUCUUGAUUAUAUAAAUUUUAUGAAUAAUUAAAUAUUGGUUAUAUAGAAUAGAGCUCAUUCAAACUGAAGCGGGUUACAUUUUUUUAAUGUGAAACAUCACUCUAUAUUCUGAAGCUAUGUCUUUGUGGCAUCUUAUGCAACUUACUAUUCUAUUGGGAAAUACACAAUAUAAGUUAUAAAUGAAAUUAAUUGACGUUUUGACUUCCACUUCGGAAAUCGUUAUCGAAAUACCAAAUAUUUUGUUAUCAAUCAUUCAUAUUUUGUAUUUCGAUAACGAUUUCCGAAGUGGAAGUCAAAAUGUCGAUAAAUUUCAUUUCCAAUUUAAAUUGUGGCUUAUUUUCCAAUAAAAUAAUCAAUUACUCUAUAUAAUAUGAAAAUUCUUGUUCUGUAAUAUAUACCUAUAAAAUAAAUAUAAAUAUAAUAAAUUUAAAGUUUCAAUAAAAGUUUUAUUUUGGGUAAUUCCAUUUCAAAUCACUCAAUUUUGGAGCAAAAAAAAUUUUGGACCUCCGAUUUGUCUGAAAAUUGGUAUAUAGCUUCUGCGGGACGUACAAAAAAGAUAUUUAAGGUCAAAAAAUCUUCUUCUUUUUUUCUCAAAAUGUUAUUUUAUGCGAUUUUACAGUGAUUUGGUGUUUAUUUAUACAAAUUUGCAUUUUCUAUCGUAAAGUAUCAAUUAAAAACAUUAUCUUUUAAUAGAAAGGACUCAAAAAUGUCAUUAUAUGGCAUUAUAACAAGUUACUUUGAUUCAAAACAAGCUUUUGAUCAAAUUUUAUAGUGUAGAAAACGUCAAAAUACCGUUUUUUACAUUUUUCUCCAUUCCCAAAAUACAUCAUAAUCGAUUUGGCUGAAAAUUUGCCCACAGAUAGACAAAACAUAGGACUUUAAGUGGUGAGAAGGAUUUGAAUUAUAUUACAAUACCAAAAAAGUUACAUGCAAUAGUAUAGUCAAAAAUAAAGGCGUCUACUGUAAGUAAAAUUAACUCGAAAAUAUCGACCUCACGACAAAAAUUGUUAAAAAGAAAUUGUAAUAAUUGUAAAUACGAUUUAUUUGGAACAAUUUCAGUUCCUACCAUUUUUGUCGAAAAGUUAAAAAUGGCGGAGAUAUUGAGCCAAACAGGUUCUCCUUUAAAAUCAAGAUGGCGGCUAACGUAACGGAGGAAUUCAUUCGUGAUUUUAAAUUUAGGCUACUAUUGACUCCCUUAAAGAUCAUAAAAAUAAAAUUUUGGGCAGCUCGGCAUUCAAGGUCAAAUGCUAUCCCGACUGGACUAAUAUAUACUUUUGAGUCUGAUAUUACUGCAUGUAACUUUUUUGGUAUUGUAAUAUAAUUCAAAUCCUUCUAACCACUUAAAGUUCUAUCUUUUGGAUAUCUGUGGGCAAAUUUUCAGCCAAAUCGAUGAUGAUGUAUUUUGGGAAUGGAGGAAAAUGUAAAAAACGGUAUUUUAACGUUUUUUAGACUAUAAAAUUUGAUCAAAAACUUGUUUUGAUUCAAAAUAACUUGUUAUAAUGCCAUAUAAUGACAUUUUUGAGUCCUUUCUAUUAAAAUAUUAUGUAUUAUUUUAAUAUUACUUUUGAUUUUAUUGAAGUAAAACUUUCGCUUGUUGUAAGCACAUGCCGCCACUGCGUCCGUAUCUCUUUGUUUUGCUCUAAUUCGGUACUAAGUGUCGGAUUUGUUUUAGUUCAUUCAGAGAAAGUCAUAUAUUCCCUCUCUGAUGAUAUCUAACUAGCUUGAAACCCGUUAGGGUGUUUAUGGAAUUUAAAUAUAAGACGUCUCUAGAUUUCGUUUUACAGCAAAAUUAUUAGUUACUUCUAACAAAGUAUGUCGGACCAAGAUUUUGCUGGAAUUUUUGCCACGCUGAGCAGGCUGGAAGUAAGAUGCAAUUCAUAGAUAUCUCCUAGCCUUCUUUGUCUUGUCAUUUUCAUGAUUUGCAAAUUAUAGAAACGGCGAAGGCGUUACCAGAAAAUUGAUCUCAAUAAAAGUUUUAUUUUAAUCUGAUUUUAAUAUUACUUUUGACUUUAUUGAAAUAAACUUUUCGCUUCUUAAUUUAAUUGUUUAAAUUUUGCUUUAACGUUAAAUUUUAAAUAAUAAAACACAAACAAGACUAGACAAUUUUGUAAAAACAGCUAGAUUCGUUCGUGAUGUAAAAAUACCUAGGAAUAACAUUAACAGAAGCUACAGAACAUAAUUUUUUAUUCAUAAAAACAAAAAAAAAAACAUGUUACUUUAUUAUCUUCAAAUAUUUUUGUACACAGGUUCAGUUUGAGUGACCAAGUAGCAAUAAUUUUUACCUUUUUCACAAAAAUAUAGCCCGUGAUACUUUAGCCGUAGAUAGGUUGUAAUGUAUUGUAAAGUAUUAUCAGAUUUUAGGGUAGUUACACAAAUUGUACUUUUUGUAGUAAAAAAUAUUUUAUAUUAUAGAAUUUUCACGAAAAUAUAGAAUUACGGAUUGUAUUGGUAGCUCUAAAUUAUUUUAAAUUGUUAACAAGAGCCCAGUGUGUUAGUAUGAGAAUGAAAUAGUAUUUGGAACUCAAUUUUUUAUAAAAGAAUGCUUAUUUAGAUAAUUUUAGAUUGAACAGUUUGUUGAAGGUUUUAGAAUGGUAUUAAUAUUCUGAAUUUUUAAAAUUUAGGACACAAAUAUAACUGGAAAAAAUA